AUGGCGAGCGCUAUGCAAUCACGGGUUGCCAGGGAAGUCUUCAAGUCGUAUGGCUAUGUUGUCCUGUGGAUGUCGAUAUCCAUUUCCGUGAUACUGUUCAAUAAAUGGUUGCUGGCUUUCUCUGGGUUCCCAUAUCCAAUUUCCCUGACAAUGUGGCACAUGGCCUUUUGUUCUACCAUCGGUUUCCUGUGCGUGAGAGUGGGGCGAUUCGUGAAGCCUCACAACAUGAGCAAGCAGGACUACUUCAGGCGUGUGAUGCCCAUCGGUGUGUUGUAUGCGGCAAGCUUGUGGCUGUCCAACUCUUCGUAUCUGUACCUCUCUGUGUCCUUCAUCCAGAUGACCAAGUCUCUGAUGCCUGGUCUGGUCUAUGCCACGGGCAUCAUGCUCGGGACGGAGCAGUUCAGCCGGGCUAAUGCUGCCAACAUGAUGCUGAUCGCCUUUGGGGUGGUGGUGUGUGCAAUUGGAGAAGUCAAUCUGGUGCUAAAGGGGGUCAUGCAGCAGCUGGCUGCUCUGCUGUUCGAGGCAGCAAGGCUCACAUUGGUACAGAUCCUGAUCAACAGCAAAGGGCUGCAGAUGAAUCCAAUCCAGAGCUUGUACUAUGUGUCGCCUGCCUGCCUGAUUUGCCUGUCCAUCCCCUUUGUCGCACUUGAAAUGGUACCACUCGCACACGAUGAGACAGUGCACUUCUAUCCCUCAGUCUUCCUAGCAAAUGCACUGGCUGCCUUUGCGCUGAAUCUGGCUGUGUUCCUCUUGAUUGGAAAGACAAGUGCGCUGACAAUGAACAUUGCGGGAGUGAUCAAGGACUGGAUGCUGAUCUUCUUCUCCUACUACCUCUUUGGGGCGCCAGUGACGGCCAUAAACCUGCUCGGCUAUGCCUUCUGCUGCUCAGGGGUCGCGGUUUACAACUACAUGAAGCUGCAAAUGAUACGGCAAAAAGCAGCACAGAGCUCAGGGAAGGAUCUCUUGGGAAUGCGUCACAGGUCAAAGGAGGAGAUUAUGGAGGAGAUCAGACAGCUCCAAAAUGAAAUGACCAAGCUUGAUGAGGGCUCUCAUGCUGAGACUGCAGCUUCAAAGGAGAACUAG